AUGCCAUUACCAGUAGAGUCAGAACAACAAAUUGGAGGCGUACAGCCUGCAUCGACCUACGCCGACUCGUUAAAAAAGACAGCUGGUCUUAGUGAUGAGAAGAUUUAUGUAAGAACCUUCGGGCUAGCAGCAAAGGCGAAAGAUAAUGGCUUCACACACAUCAUUCGUGGACAAGAAUUGAUGACUUAUCUCCGUACGUCAGUCGAGAUUGGCGAAGACAUACAAUGGAGUGGCAAGGGAUACAACAUUCUGAUGAUCGUGGGCCGCCGACCUGAUAGACAGUCCCUCUCUGGAGGAGUGACAGCUCACCGAUAUGCUGACUCGAAAGCCUUGCUGGAACAUAUCAAGGCAGAAGUCACGCAAGAACUGGUGCCAAUUAUAAAGGAGGAGUGGCGGGAUAAGCUCUUCUUUUUCACCAAGGUGAAUUGCCCUGAGUUCAAGAUUCAGCUCGACGUGCCCCACGAAAGCCAGAUCGUACAUCAUUAUACUACUCGUGUUGAACGAUUUUCCGAGGAGACUGACCCGACUAGAAAAGUUAUCCGCCGAAUUGAGGGAGCUGUCCUCAAUUCUGAACCUAGUCCUAGGUGCUGUGAGGAGACCAAAAGGAUUGUGAAAGAGGGAACAGACACUCUCGUCCCGUAUUGCGACGACGAAGUGGGGAACUACCGCCGAAGGCUUGAUUCAAUGAGCGAACAUCAGCACGCCACUACCCUCACCUACCAUGAACUCCAGCAUUUCUUUCUUCAGAACGAAACCCUCCACGAAGAGGAGGACCACAAGGGACAGGCUGAGAAGGCAAAGAGCAUGGAACCGUUGGCAUCCGACCUCGCGAAAGCGAAGCAAGACCUACCAACCACGGAUUAA